AAACUGAUAUCAUGUAUCGGUAAGGUAUUAGUUGUUUUAUUUAGUAUUUAUAUUUUAAUAUCGUUAUAAUUUGCUGUUUUAUUUUCAAAUUUUAGCCACUGAAGUACAAGAUAAAAAAGAUACCAACACAUCCCAUAAGGUUUGCUGUCAAUUUUAACAACAAUUUCCUAAAGGACUUUGGAAAAUACAUAGGGGAGAAUGUUAUCCAAAUGUUUAAGGAUACAAUUUUUGGACCCUUUUUAGACAUUUCUAAAUGUAAUUUUCAGGCCAAAUAACUAAGUGCUUAUUGCUUUUAGAAUUGGAACAAAUCAACCCUAAUGUGUUGCAUAUUAGACAUUCCAACUGGUGUGUCCUGAAAUUUGGUAUAGAUGAAUUUGCAUUAUUAACAGGACUUAAGGUCAGAGGAAAUACCAAUGAUUUCAAAUACCCAGAACCAACUAAUUGUAUGCUUUUUCAAAAGCAGUCACUAGUGUUACAAAGCAUCAACUAGUUCAACGGUUUAAGCUGGGUAAUAGGGAGAACAAUCAGGAUGCGCUCCAAAUGUCUAUAUUGUUCUUUAUUCAUACAUUUUUAUUAGCUACUCUUGAUAACACAACUAUAUCUAUUGUCGACUUUCUAAUGAUUGAAGAUGGUAGAUAUCAACAUUUUCCUUGGGGUCAACUAUCAUUUCCAAAACUAAUUAGUUCACUUAGACAGGAUUUUGAUGUUAGUAAAAAGUUGUAUCGAUUAUAUGGAAUGCCAUAUGCACUUAACGUUUGGAUAUACGAAUGUGCAUCCAAUUUAAAUUCUGAAAUAGCUGUGAGAUAAUGAAAUGUCAUCCCAAGAAUGUGCAAUUGGAGAGUUGUGUCUGAAAAGGCAAAGUUUGAAAUGCUUAUGUCUACCAUUUUCCAAGAGAAUGCAUGUUCAAACAUUGUCCCAAUAGCAGAGGAAAUUGAAGCUUUUGACCUUGCUCAAGUUGAACAUGCUCAUUCUUCAUCACUACCAUUAGUACAACCAAAUGAGGAAGAUGAUUUUGAUAAUUUCUCCACAAAACCUCCCGAACAGAUAUUGAGGACAUAUUCUAGAGUGUCUGAUACAUCUCCCCCACCACCGCCAAAAAGAAGAAAAAAAGUGAUUAUUCAAAAAAAAAAGGUGUCAGAACAGGACCAGCCUGAUCAAUCAAAUGUGUCUCCGACACCGGAUGAUGAUGUACAUAUUUCCAUGUCAAAUCUACCUCCAAAUUCAAAUGUUGAUGAUGUACAUGGUUCUGUUCCACACGUGUCACCGAAAUCGACUGAUAAUGUACAUGGUUCUGUUCCAGACGUGUCUCCGAAUCCGGCUGCUGAUGUUCAUGGGUCUGCAGAUUCACAGAAUGUCAACAAUAUAAUUCCAUAUAUUGAAGAGUUGAAAGGACAUUUAAAAACUUACGUUGACAAGAAAUUUGAGGAACUGAUUAUAUUGAUAAAAGCAAAUCACUCCCAGUUGAUGCAAUCUAUAGGCAAGGAAAACAUCAAUUUUCAGGCAAAUACAAGCACAUUUCAGUCUGACAAACAAACAUCUCAGCAAAUACCAAUUGAUCUUUCUGAUAUGGGUGGUGUAGCUGAGGAUGGUGUUGAUUUUUCUGGUAAAAAUGGUGAACAUCAAAUCGUCGACGAUGCAGGGGAUGUCGCUAAGGAUGGUGUUGGUGUUUCUGUAAACGAGGGUGAACAACUAGUCAGUGAUACUCCAAAGAAUAUAACUAGCAGCCAGUACUUGUUGACCGACAGUCAAUUACCCAUUGAUAUUCCAAUAACGGAGAUUGUUGUUAGAACCGAUUCAGUCACUCAUGCGCAUUGAAAAAGAAUGCCUUCGAGAAGGAUUCAAUCUCCAUAUUGUACUUCUUUUGGUUCAAGCGAGAAGGGAAAAGAGAAAUUGAAGGAUAUGGCUCGACUUCAUUUCCCGUUCGAAGGAUGUGGCAUUACAGAUCAAGUUUCGCCGAAACUUACUGAGGAUUACAUGAAUUGGUUGACAAGGGGGCUUCUAAAAAAAUCAUAACAAUAAGUAAGUUUUAUACAUUAUUUUUGCAAGUGUUAUGCGUAAUCAUUUUUUAUAACUAAUUCAUGAUACUUAGUUAUAUAAAAAUUGUAAUUAAGUAUGUGUUAUGUAUCAUGUACAUAUAUUCAAAACUUAUGUAUGAUAUAUGCAGGAACCCAUCGGAUGAUAACUACAGAUCAAAAUCUUCUUCUUUUGGAUUUACGAUGAUGGACUUUGUUGUUGCCUUUCCGAUGAACAAGAAUUGAUUUUAUGGCAUGUCACAACCAAACAAAUGUUGCUCUGAUGAGCACAUCGAUGUGAUUUUUUACUACCUUCGUAAAAAAUCAAAACUUUGCAGCAUGGAUCAAUACAGAUACACAACAACCCAUUGCUUGUUCAUGUCACAUGUAAAAAGCUGUUAUGAUAGAUAUUACAUGGACGAUGAUGAUGAUAGACUUACUACACAAGAACAUAUUGAUCGCGCUUCAGUUGUAUCUGUACAUGAAAGGCCAAUAAUUAAUAUCAUCAAAGGUUUUGGAAUAUCAGCUGCUUUACCAUGGCAUCUUGUAGAUGAGGUCUACAUCCCAAUUAACUGUGAUCAAGAAUUCCAUUGAGUGUUGGCUGUUGUUGAGUUGGAAAACAGGUGAUAAGGGUUUUUGACUCAUCAAUUAGCACAAGGAAAAAAACAAUUCCUCAUGGGAUAAAAAUGUUGUCUAAAAUGCUUCCUUCUUACCUACUGGACAGUGGAUUUUUUGAAGAAAAUGAACGCACAAAAUUUGCUGAUUGUCAUGCAUACAAAGACAACAUUACUGGUUCACUUCUGGAGCCUCAAGUUCCUUUCAUGAUUGAAUUUGCACAAGACAUCUCUUUACAGGAAUGCGAUAGCCUACUGUGGGUUAUAUGUUACUGCAUUUGCCGAGUAUAUGAGUGACCAAAUCAAUAUAUCAUACGCUGAUUUUAGUCCUGAUUACCUACGUUAAAGAUAUGGAGCAUUGCUGUGGAGUUAUGGAAGUGAGAAGGCUAAGUGCGGAUAUGUUAGCGACAAUGAUGAUCCACCAAAAUCCAGGGGCGUAGUCACACCACCACCAGAAGAAGAUUUAGUUCACAUAGUGUAGCAUUUCAUGAUAAAACAAUGUUUUAAUGUUAUAUUUCUUGUUUUUAUAUGUUAUUGAACAAGU